UUGGUGGACAGCCUCGAGCAAGUACAAGGCACAACCGGGUUCGCAUCUCGAACGUCGAUGUCCUCCGCAAUUCCUCGACUAUGCCCUCGAACGGACCCACUCACUAUGCGAGGAAAAGAUCCAACACAGCUUCGCCGUUGACUGUCGGGCUUCGACGCGAGUUCUGGGACCCAAGUUAUCAAGGAGCAGGUGCAGAUGCCUCCGCUCGAAAGGAGUGGUUGACCAGACUCAGAAGAGUCGAGCUAGAGCUGGGAAGAAGCGGCGCCACGCCCAUCCGGCCACGCGCUCGCGGCGAGCUCCCCGUCGACAUCUGGGAGCGGGUCCUGAACGAGUUCCGGGACCACCCCCGCGUGCUGUUCAUCUGCGCGUGCGUGUGCAGGACGUGGUACUCGCACGCGAGCAGGAGCCUCCCGCGGAUCGACGAUGCCUGGGAGCUCGCGGGGCGCGCGGACGUGAUGCGCGUGGCGAGAGUGUUUGGGUGGGAGUAUCCCUCCGUCCGGAUGCAGCGCAAGUGGCGCGCCGUCGUGGUGCGGGGCGGCCAUACGACUCGCUCGCUCGCGCACCUGAAGACCUUCGCGGCUGCGCUCGCGAAACAGCUCUGCCGCAUAGACGAGCUGGAGAUACGCAGCGGUGAUUGGAGGCCAGGCUCGGCGGACGCACCGACGUUCGCUCGCUUUUCUGCGUGCAUCGCGCUCUCCAGACUGACUCUGCGUGGGAUCACGUUCCCGUCGACGACACUCGUCGCUAAGCUCAUCUGCGCCUUGCCGAACCUCGCGAGGCUCUCUAUCGUCGACGUGAAGACCAUCGAGAAGCGCCGCGGUCACGAUCUCUGUCUUCCGCAUGGCCGACCUCUGCGGCUACGCUGGCUCUUACUGGACUCUACUGGGGUUGAUGACGUUGUCGAGUUUCUUGCUGAUGCCGACAUAAUGUGUAGAGUCACUCAAGCGACUCUAGUCAUCCGUGCCGCAAAGCUAGGGAUGCUCACGGAUCCAGAGACUUCAGGCUAUCCUGCUUUCCUCCGAGGCGCCACGUCUCUUGAGACGCUCACCGUCGAGCUUCGCGACAGUGACAACCACAAUCUGGGUCUCAUGAACGCUCUCAGCCUCGCUACGAACCAUACGUUGAAGGAGGUGCACUUCGUGUUAUACCAAAAUGUGGACUCUAUGCUCUUGUUCCGCAACUACAACACGUCACUCCUUUCUGGCCUAACACCCGGGCACCUCUGCAGAAUCGGGAUCAAGUUCGUCGUCGAAGAUAAGCCGGGCCAACUGAGCAGCGCCGCGCACUCGGGUGUCCCAAAUCCCCAGCUCAGGCUCAUGAGGGACCUAGCCAACGACUUGGACUUCUCCGCGCUAGACCAUCUGCUGUCAAGUCCGCGUUUCGCGAGCCGGUGGCUGGCGGUCGUCAUCUCGCUCGACGCGUCCUGGCGGGUGAGGGAUUCAUACGCCGUCUGGAAGAGGCAUGUUGAACGGCAGUUCGCGAAAACGAGGCGGACACAUCUAGUCUUUGUCUGGGUUGAGACUUGAGCUGCACGGGUGUCUCGUCUGGAGCCUUGUUUGGCUGGGUUCAUAUACGCCUGUACUCUUGGUAUCCUCGUGUAUGUAUGUCUUGAAGGCAGCCGCAGCAAGUAUCCGACAGUGUCACAGUAGAUGCUUCAAUAUCACUGCUUCAGGCGGCGUGCCCGAGG